AAAAGAAAACUCGCCGCCUGGUUGUUGAGUCAGGGAAAAAAAGAAAAAGACUGAAGUCGUCGAAAACGUAGCCGUUUUAGAGGAAGAAACAAAGAAUACAAAGCAGGAGAAGGAAGGGGUCUGCAAAGUGAAAAAUAGACUACAAUCCACCUUCACCUUAAUAAGCUUUGUAUGUGGUCUCUCUCUACACUUUGCAAUAGUUAGCUGCUCCCCUCUGCUCCACCGCCACACUGCUUCUGUUACAAACGAACAAACUAAAAACUGUUUAAUUCUUCCCUGUUUAGACCCUAGUUGGACUCUAAUGGUUGUUCAGGCACCUCCAAAGCCAAUUCUCAAUAAUUUUAAUGACGACGACGACGACGACGGGCCCAUAGUUUUCAAGAGAGGUGGUAACUCAACCUCUAAGCAAAAUCAACCAAACCUUGAAGCAAAGAAACCAUCUUCAUCUUCUCAGAAUUCCAAUGGUCAAAGCUUGAAUGCCCACAGGGGCAAAUCACCCAUUUCAUCUUCCAAUGCAUCCCCUGUGAAAUCUCCUAUAGGGAGCCCUAAAGCAUCAGCUUCAUCUGCCAAGGCAUCCCCAAUGAAGCCACCAGUGACAUAUUCUAGAGUGCCAAGUUCUUCAAUUGAUCAGUCGAAGCAGGCAUCUAAACAGGUUGUCUCAAAUGCCGUUAAGGAGGAGACCAAACCGAUUGUGGAUGAUGAUGAUUCUGAGGAUGAUAAGCCCUUGAGUUCUAGAUUUAAGGGGAGCACUAACAAUGCCAACAAAGGGGUUACUGUACCUGCUCGUGUCAAGGAUGAACAUUCAGAUGAUGAUGAAGUCCCUUUAUCCUCGAGGUUUGCAGCAAAGUCAAAUGCAGGGUCAUCAAGCUGUAAGACUAUCAGUUCUAGUGAGAAGAUAUUGUUGGUUUCAAAAAUUCAGCUAAAUGGUUCUACUGCAAAGGACAAGCAACAAAAAUCUUCUGCUGUGCCAACUAAGAGACCUAUGGAUAAUAAGGUUCCUUCAAACCAGUCUUUUGCUAAAAAACCAAAACUUUCAGAUGCGUCUACAACGAAGCAAGUUACUGUCAAGGCUGAGCUGAAGGCAGAUGAUGAUGACCACCUUACAAUUUCCCAGAGAAUGAAGAAAGCAAGCUCCUCAUCUAACAAAUCCUUGUCUGUGAAGCAAAAGGUAACCAAAGUUGUUUCUUUUUCAUCCAAGAAGACGACCAAGAAUAACAAGAAACAAAUGCAAAAUUCAAAAUAUUCGAAGUCAACAAAAGUACAACCUGGCUCCAGUGAUGGGCAGAAAAAAUGGAAAACCUUGGUUCACAACGGUGUCAUCUUCCCACCUCCAUACAAGCCUCAUGGGGUUAAGAUGCUUUACAAGGGGAAACCAGUUGAUUUGACUCCUGAACAGGAGGAGGUUGCAACCAUGUUUGCGGUGAUGAAAGAUACAGAAUAUGUUCAAAAACCACAAUUCCUUCAAAACUUUUGGAAUGAUUGGCGUACAUUACUUGGGAAGAAUCAUGUAAUACAGAAGCUAGAGGCCUGUGAUUUCAACCCAAUAUAUGAAUGGCAUCAGAAAGAAAAGGAGAAGAAGAAACAAAUGAGUACUGAAGAGAAGAAGGCUGUGAGAGAAGAGAAAUUGAAGCAAGAGGAGAAGUAUAUGUGGGCGAUUGUUAAUGGGGUUAAAGAGAAGGUUGGGAAUUUCAGGGUUGAACCACCUGGUCUAUUUCGAGGACGGGGAGAGCAUCCAAAGAUGGGAAAGCUGAAAAGCCGUAUUCGUCCCAGUGACAUUACUAUAAAUAUUGGAAAGGAUGCCCCAAUCCCAAAAUGUCCUAUUCCUGGUGAAAGGUGGAAAGAAGUGAAGCAUGAUAACACUGUUACAUGGUUGGCAUUCUGGAAUGAUCCAAUCAAUCCAAAGGAAUUCAAAUAUGUAUUCUUGGCUGCCAGCAGUUCCUUGAAGGGGCAAAGUGACAAGGAGAAAUAUGAAAAAGCAAGGAAGUUGAAGGACUAUAUACACAACAUCAGAACAGCUUACACAAAGGAUUUUGCAAGUAAAGAUAUUACAAAGCGGCAAAUAGCAGUGGCAACCUAUCUUAUUGAUAAACUAGCUCUUAGGGCGGGUAAUGAGAAGGAUGAUGAUGAAGCUGAUACUGUUGGUUGCUGCACAUUAAAAGUAGCAAAUGUUGAGUGCAUCCCUCCGAAUAAGUUGAAGUUUGACUUCCUUGGUAAAGAUUCAAUUCGAUAUGAAAACACAGUCGAGGUUGAGCUUCCUGUGUACAAGGCAAUUAGACAGUUUCAAGUUGCAAAAAAGCCAACUGAUGAUCUUUUUGACUCUCUGGAUACAAGUAAACUAAAUGCUCACCUAAAAGAACUCAUGCCUGGCCUUACAGCAAAAGUUUUUCGUACAUACAAUGCAUCUAUCACAUUGGAUGAAAAAUUAUAUGAGGAGACAGAAGAUGGUGACGUUGCUGAAAAAUUUGUCAUUUAUAACCAAGCAAACAAACAGGUUGCAAUCAUUUGUAAUCAUCAACGUACUAUUUCAAAAUCUCAUGAUGCACAAAUGUCAAGAUUGACCGAGAAACUUGAGGAACUUAAGGGCACACUGAAGGAGUUCAAAACUGAUCUGGACAGGGCCAAAAAGGGGAAGCCCCCAUUGAAGGAUGCAGAUGGAAAGCAAAAGAGGAACUUGACUCCUGAAGCCAUAGAGAAGAAGAUAGCAACAACCAAUCAAAAGAUUGAGAAAAUGGAACUGUCCAUGAAGACCAAAGAGGAUCUGAAAACGGUAGCAUUGGGCACGUCCAAAAUUAAUUACCUUGAUCCUAGGAUUACAGUUGCAUGGUGCAAGCGGCAUGAAGUUCCUAUUGAGAAGAUAUUCAACAAGUCUCUCCUAGCGAAGUUUACUUGGGCAAUGGACGUUGACCCCCAGUUCAGAUUCUGAUCGUGGUAAGUAAUAAUUGGUUAUCCAAAUCAAUCUACCAAAAAAAAACAAAAGAAAACAAACAGAGAGAGAGAGAGAGACCAACCCUUGUUUUUUUUUCCUCCCUCAUUACAGUUUUUUCACAUUUUUGUCCUAUUAUUCUAGCGAGAAGUCAAUGUUGUAUGUUCGUCUAAUCUAAUUCUAGGGCGAAAUUGCCCUUUCUUCUUCUUCUUCUUCAUGCUGUUUAAACCAUUUAAUUGCAGCAAGAAUUGUUUACUUCAGCCUUCAACAUUUGGGUGCUAACAAUAUAAAUGUAGAGUGUUUCAAAUUGAGGUAAAUUUUGUUGGUUUUCCUGUUUCA